AUGGGCAAGAAAAAUGCGCGGGAGCUCGAGCCGCUCGACAGAAAAGUUGGCGAUCCGGAAGUAAUCGAUAGGGAUGGAGAAGCUGGGGGUCUCAAGAAGAGCAUGACCCUCUUCAACGGGGUAAGCAUCAUCGUGGGUUGCAUCAUCGGCUCCGGGAUUUUCGUGUCGCCGACCGGCGUCCAGGAGCAAGCGGGCUCGGUGGGCGCCUCUCUUCUCGUAUGGCUCAUCUCCGGCGUGUUCACAGCCAUCGGCGCGUACUGCUACGCGGAACUCGGGACCUUGAUCAAGAAAUCGGGCGGUGACUACGCGUACAUCAUGGAGGCGUUCGGGCCGUUCCUCGCCUUCCUUCGCCUCUGGAUCGAGGCCAUCGUCGUCAGGCCGUGCACGGUGACGAUCACGGCGUUGACUUUUGCCAUCUACAUCCUCCGCCCGUUCUUCCCGACUUGCCCGCCACCGGAAAUGGCCCCUGAACUGCUUGCCGUCUGUCUGAUUGUCCUCAUGACGGCCAUCAACUGCAUCUCCGUACGGGCGGCCACGUUUGUCCAGGACACUUUCACUGUCGCUAAGGUAUUUGCCCUGUCGAUGAUCAUCGUCACCGGCGCGUAUCUGCUGUGCACAGGAAAAUCGCAAUACUACGACUCGUUCAACCCGCUGUUCGAGAACACCUCCAAGGACUUCACCACGAUGUCGUUGGCCUUCUACUCGGGGCUGUUCGCCUACUCGGGCUGGAAUUUCCUGAAUUUUAUCGUCGAAGAGAUGAAGGACCCGAAGAGGGAUCUCCCACUAGCCAUCGCCAUCUCAAUUUCCUCAUGCACGAUCAUCUACUUUUUGACGAACGUCGCCCUGUACACGGCCAUCUCGCCGGACGAGAUGUUGGAGAGCCCCGCUGUGGCUGUCCUAUUCGCCAACAAACUCUUCGGGCCGCUCGCUUUUUUGAUGCCAAUUUUUGUGGCAUUUUCGACGAUUGGGUCGUCGAACGGGCUGAUUUUGACGUCGUCGAGACUCUUCUAUGUUGGCGCGCGUGAGGGCCAAAUGCCCGAAGUGUUCACGAUGAUCAACAAACAGACCGGCACCCCGAUCGCAGCCGUCCUGCUUACGGGCCUCCUCUCCAUCAUGUACCUGGUUCUAUCAAAGAACGUCUACGCGCUGAUCAACUACAUUCAGAUCAGCUACUGGCUGGCCAUCGGGGCGGCCAUCGCCGCCCUGUUUUAUUUGAGGAAAACGAUGCCGGAUGCGCCGCGGCCGAUUAAGGUCAACCUCAUCUGGCCGGCCAUCUUCUUCAUCGGCUGCAUGGCCCUCGUCUUCAUCCCAAUCUUCGCAGCCCCCGUCGAUACUGCCAUCGGCCUGUGCAUUAUGCUGACCGGCGUCCCGGUGUACUUCAUCUUCAUCGCGUGGAAGGGCAAGCCGAGAUGGGUGCAGAAAAUGACGGAAUCGACCACAAUCUUCAUCCAGAAGCUAUUCAUGGUGGUCAACGACGAGAAGACCCAA